AUGGAGUGUGUGUGUGUUCUCUUGGUUACAGUUUUGGAAUCUGAAGAGCGAAAGGGAGAGUGGGGCGUGGCACGUGUGAGAAACAGGGGAAGUGCAUCGGAUCGCGGGGUGUGUCAGCGUCUGGUGAUAGGUGUCAGGGGUCGGUUUGUCGGUGUGUUUUCGGGUUUGGGAAAAGUAACCGUUUUUGUUCCAGCAUCAUGCGGUGUCUAUAGAGCAUUAGAAUAUUUGCCAACAACACAAAAGCUUGCUGAUGCAAUCAAUAGUUCAAUACAAGGGAAUGAGCGUGAGAACCAAGUUCCUCGCGGCGCUCGGCUAAGUUUCGGCUAA